GCAGCCAUGGUGGAGAGGCGGCCGCGGAGGAAGCCGCUGGUGCUCGCGUCCACGCAGGCCCUCCUCGACUCGCUACCGGGGGACCGCCGCGGGCCGCCGCCGGAGCCGCUGCGCCUCAAGGCCGGCGUCCUCCGCUUCCCCGCCCGUUCCUCCGGCUCCAGAUGCGGCGACUUCGGCGAGCUCGCGUGCUUUGUCGCCCUCCCCGCCUCCGCGCUCCGCCGCCUCGCCGUCGUCACAGGCACGCCGGUGCUUGUCAAGAAUACCGACAACAAUGUUGGGAGGAUUGUGAAAGCAGUAGUAUUAGAUCGCCCAUCCCUCGAUGAGUCCCAGAGAGAACAUCCUGACCCUGUGGCCUCAACCUCCUCCUCUGAUCAUGUGAUGGGAUGCUUGCCUACUCGGUCAUUUCCAGCUAAUGGCUCUGCACCUUUGGAUGAAGAUGUUGCUUAUGUUAGCCCACUUUUGGCGUUUAACCUAGGAGUGCAUGUUUCAUGUCUCAAGCUUCUUAUUCAGAAAGGCGGGGAACCUUUCAAGUUUUGCUCUAAAGUUUAUGAGGACGGUGCUGCUAGCAGUGGGGCUGGUAUUUCUCUACACCUAGAGCUUCUCCCGUGCCCGCAAGUGCCUAGAUAUGCUUUGCAUUUACGGGUUUCUGUUGUGAGGAUUCCUGAUUGUGGCGUGCUUGCUUCACUAAAGAUAAAUUCGGCCAGUGGAGAAAGUGACUACCAAGAUAUGGUAGAUCAAGGUUUAAAUGAAUACUUCAAGUCUGAUAGGUUCCUAGCAAGAGGGGAUGUUUUUUGCAUACAUAAUGACUGGAACUGUGGCAUGAUCUCCUGCUUAGCAUGCAACAAAGAAAAUGAUAGACUUCAUCCUUCUAGUAUGGUAUACUUUAAGGUAACCGGCAUGGAACCAUCAGAUGAUCCGAUUCUUCGUGUUAACUGUGGUCAAACAGCCCUUGUGCUUGGGGGAAGUGCUUCUGCUCCAGUUCCUCCUUGCAGCUUCUUUGCUGCUUAUGAUGAUUCAGUACCUUUGCAUGGCGAAAUUGUGGAGCAGUUAGCAUCUAUCAUUACGCCAGCAUUAUGUCCUUCAAAUAUUUUACCAAGGAUCAAGUUUUCCACUUUCUUGUAUGGCCCAUCAGGAUGUGGAAAAAGAACGGUAGUCAGGCAUGUUGCUAACCAUCUUGGUAUGCAUGUAGUUGAGUGUUGCUGUCACGAUUUAAUGACAUCGUCAGAAAGCGAAGCAUCUGCUGCGCUUGUGGCUGCCUUCAAAGAAGCUCAGAAGUACUCUCCUUGUAUAAUACUUCUUCGCCACUUUGAUGCAAUUGGGAAUACAUCCUCCAAUGAAGGCCCACAGUCUGAGCAAUCUGGCAUUGCAGCAAACGUUGAGUCUGUCAUCAAGCAGUACACUGGACAGCGUUGGGUUACGAAAGACUCACUGCCAGCAAGGGAUGUGAUUGGAAAUUCAUACCUUGUGGAACCUGAAUGUGUAAGCUCUUUUCAAGUUAUACUAGUGGCAACUGCAGACAGUGCAGAAGGAAUGCAGCAAUCAGUCAGGCGAUGUUUUCGCCAUGAGGUCAACAUGAAGACUAUAAAUGAAGACCAGAGGAAGAACUUGAUAUCUGAAACACUCCAUGGUGUCUCCGCAGUUGCUGAUGAGACUAUCGAUGACAAGUUUGUAAAAGACAUGUCAGUGCAAACGUCUGGUUUCAUGCCCAGGGAUAUACUUGCAUUGGUUGCAGACGCUGGUGUCUCAUUUGCGCAUAAAGUUGCAGUGGAGAAAAGUAGCAAUGAUAAGAUUGAGGAUAGCAUUACUGCGAGCUCGUCUACAACUAAGAAUGAAGAAAAUCAAUUUUCUAAAGAAGAUAUUUUGUCUUCAUUAGAACGGGCUAAGAAAAGGAACCGCGCUGCAUUGGGUACACCAAAAGUUCCUGAUGUCAAAUGGGAGGAUGUUGGUGGGCUUGAGGAAGUGAAGAAGGUUAUUCUAGAUACUAUUCAGUUACCUCUGAUGUACAAGCAUCUUUUUUCUUCUAAAUUGCCGAAGAGAUCAGGUGUUCUGUUAUAUGGACCUCCAGGCACUGGGAAGACAUUAUUGGCGAAAGCAGUAGCAACUGAGUGCUCAUUAAACUUUCUUAGCGUGAAAGGUCCAGAAUUGAUAAACAUGUAUGUUGGAGAAUCAGAGAAGAAUGUCAGGGAUAUCUUUGAGAAGGCUAGAUCCGCACGCCCAUGCGUAAUUUUCUUCGAUGAGCUUGAUUCCCUUGCUCCUGCACGAGGAUCCUCUGCAGAUUCUGGAGGUGUGAUGGAUAGAGUGGUUUCCCAGUUGCUGGUGGAGAUUGAUGGGUUAAGUGAUAACAGCCAGGACCUCUUCAUCAUUGGGGCUACCAAUAGGCCUGACCUUCUUGAUUCGGCACUUCUCCGUCCUGGCCGAUUUGAUAAGCUUCUCUACGUUGGUGUAAAUACUGAAGCAUCAUACAGGGAAAGAAUACUGAAAGCACAAACACGCAAGUAUAAGCUCCACAAGAAUGUUUCUCUCUUGUCAAUUGCUCAGCACUGUCCUCCAAACUUUACCGGUGCUGAUAUUUAUGCAUUAUGCGCGGAUGCAUGGUUUCAUGCUGCUAAGCGUUCCGUUGAAACACUUGAAGGUGAUCCUUCAAGAAAUAACGAAGCCAUUGCUGAGGAAGUCAUUGUCGAGACUGGCGAUUUUAUGACGGUGCUGGGCGAUAUCUCACCGUCAUUGACAAUGGAGGAGUUGCAAAACUAUGAACAGUUGAGGCAGAAGAUCGAAGGACCUUCUAGAUCAUAAGGACUUCAUUAGUAGCUAUAACAAAUGUGUUUUUGCACCUCCCAGCUAUUGCCUGAGUGUACAGCCGUCAACUUUCUUCCGUGGAUUUUAUUUUGUGUGUGUAGAGAGUGAAUUAGAAAAUAGACUAGCUCCAUGUAUGAAUAAUAGCUGGGUGUUUGCCUUCCACAAUUCCCUCUGCAUUUGGCAAUUGUGGCCAUGUUGUAUGCACGUUCCAGCAAUGAGUUUAGCAUAUUUUCUGGGUAUUACAAAGCAGAACUAGCAGCAUACCCAAGAGUUUUCUGUUCUGUGUUCAUACUUAAACAAAAUCAAUAUCAAUAUACAAUACAAAAUUAGUUUUA